UACCGCAACAUUUUGAUCAGCCAUGGACAAGAUUCCUCGCCUCACCGCACAGAUGCAGCACCCAAAUGUCAUAACGGACGCCUGGGCCACAAAGUCACCCUGCGAACAGAUCUUGUUCGAACAUGUCUUGACCUUUUUCGACGUUUUGGAGCUCACGGCAUUGGCAGGUGCUAAUCGUUACUUCCACCAGAUGCAGUGGCCUCGCUCUGCAAUUUUGUAUGACUUUGACAGUCGGCCGCUGGACUUGGAAAGCCUCGACUCCAAGCUCGAACGGUUAGGGGAGAGGCUUCGAAGUGCUGCAAGCGAGGAAGAGCGAUGCCGCACAGCAUGGGCGCUCACUGUUCUUUUGAACUCAUGCUAUUUAGGCGAGUGGGGAGACGGAGGCAAAUUGGCACGUAUGUUGGCUUCAGCCUUAGUGAUCCCAGCACCUUGGGCUUCGAUGUCGACCGCCUGUGCCAUCGCUCAGUUGCUCCGAUGUUCUGACACUACCCUCAACAACUUGCUGGCAGAGGUGGGUGUCACUGAGGUGUUGGUGCAGCUGGUUCAGCAUACCUCAGCUCCAGUGCAGCAAGUGGCCCUGAAGGCGAUCGCAUAUGCCGCAAAUGCCGGGAUAUGUUUAGAGGUAGGGGAUUCCUUGAUCUCGAGGCUCGCAACCGAUUUGAUCCCUACAAUCAUCUCAAUUGCAAGGUGGGGAGCCUAUCCGAACCAACCGGAAGCAGUGAAAGCAAUCGAGGCUCUAGCGGCAGGCAGCGGCGAUGACCAGUUGAAGGUUGUUAUCCCAGACGUGUUGGAAUUUCUGGUGCACGAGCGUGCUGAGAUGAAAAAGGCGGCUGCUACAGCACUGGUGCAUCUAAUGCUUAUCGGAGAGGACUUCGUGAUCAAAGCUUGUGAGCACGGCUGCCUCCCGAAGCUGGUCGACGGUUGCUGGCGCAGCACAGGCUUUCACCAAGAAAUGCUGCUAAUGUGCCUGGAGCUCAUAACCAUGAGGGAGGCAUGCCAACAGAUGGCCGUGCAGCAUGGUAUUUUGGAACUGCUGUUCCAAAGACUGCAGGAUGGGAACGUCAUGAUGGACCGCGAUAGACAACGACGGAUCUUUUACAUGCUGCUGGCCGUCCCAACCGAUGCAAGAACUGCCUUUUUGCAGGAGAGUCAAAGGCGGAGAGCUUCCGCCAUCCGGCACAUGACCUGGAUUGCGCGACAACGGGGCAAUCCGAACUCGGCUUCCGCGGAGGAAUUGCUGGAACUGCUAGGCUAGAAAAA